UCCGUCAGAGUUACCUUCCCUCUGCUGCCUUGUCCCUUUCUCAGUGAGUCGUGGUCCAGUGCAUUUCUCAGUCCUUUUAAAAGAAAGUCUCACAGGCUGUAAAUGAGUAAAUCCAGUGAGUAAAUGGUGAGCCCCCAUGUGUAAGUUCUCAGUGCCCUGACUGCCGAGGACACAGCCGUGAGCACGCUGGAGAAAUCCCACUUCGAAUCUUGCCGGCAGAUGGGGAGCUAAAGUAACCCUGGAACCGGGGCACUGGCUUCCAAGUGCAAGAUCCGAAGGACGUGUCCAAUGCUGUGAAGGACAGAGACAGGGAGAAUCAUCCCAGGCGGUCUUUGGAGGCCUCUCUGAGGACGUGAUUUCUAUCCAGAGAGCAGAGUCCUAAAAGAGUUGCGGUCUGGUGAGAUCUAGGGACUAGAGCAUCCCAGAUACUGUGUGUCUAGAGAACAGGAGUUGGGUGAGUGAGGCCAUGGCAGGUGGGGAGGCUGGAGGCUUAGGGGAACUGAUCUCAGGAGGCGAUGAAGGCCCUGGCCUAUGGGUUAUGGGGAUACAGUGGGAAGCCGCGGGAUGACUCCUUCGUAGGGAAAAUGAUGACAGAAGCAUCCUUGCUGCAGGCGAGUCGCCCGCAGGGGCAAUAGUGACAGCUGGUAGAAGAGGGAGGAGGUGCCUAGAAGUCCACGCGAGAAGAGGAGGAAGCCGAGAUGGGCAUGGUUGCAGGGCAGAGGGAGACAAGAACGUGCUGGACACAGAGCCUACAGUUAUGACUGGGGGUGGAAGCAAGAGAUGAGGCACAGACCUGCUCCUCUUUAGGAGAACGCUUUCUGUGCUGGAGGGUGAGGGGUGAGAAGACGGUUCAAAGAAGGUGGAGACAGGAGAGUUUGUGUUGGCCACACAUACAUUUGCAUCACACAUGCAAGAGACACGCAAGUCACACAGCGGAUGCUUGCAGAUGGGGACCCAGGGUAGAUAGAGGGAUCUGAAAGGACCCUGGAGGACGGGGGGAGGUGGGGGUUGAAGCCUUCUAGUUAGAGGUCAGAAGACCCAAGGCCUCUGCUAGAUCUCCCAAUAUUGUUCCUCAAGAAAGGCAGGUAGACGGUCCCGUGAGGGUGACCUAGGGAGUGUGCUGUCUUGAACAGCAAGAGGAAAAGUGUUCCUAGAAGGUGGCAGGGGUCCAAAUAUAUUGUUCCCGAAGCAAAGAGUGGAAUGCAGACGGGGAAUUGACUGCUGCCACACAGUGGUUGGCCUUGGCAUUGCAGGUCAGUCUGAGUGUGUGCUGGGAAGGGAAGCAGGAGACCCAAGAUAGCACCUUGAUUGAAAUGUGAAAACAAGAGAAAAUUAUCUUAUAUUGGCAUUAAUGUGUCUGGGUGCUGGUGGGAAGAAGCCAGAAAGCAGAGAUAGAAAUAGGUAGCAAUAAAGACAGAAAUGGGAGAGGGUCCUGUGGAGAGGGUUCUCCGGUUUAUCAAGGAUUCCGUCUUCCCACUGUUUGAAUGCUCUCAAAGCACGGCAGGUCUCCUCCUCCAGCAGGGCAGGUGUGUUUUCAAUAGAUGCCCUGGUUUCCUUCAUUCGGGGCCAGUCUGUUUCUAUUCCUGCCCGUGGUGCUUUGUAGUCGAGGCAAAACAGAAAGCAGAAAUUUCCAUGAUAAACCACGGACUGAGGGAAUAAGCAGUGUUAUUGGACGCACGCGAAUGUUGAACUCUAUUUAAGUGGCCUGCCGCUCUUGGGUGUGAACUGACCUCUCUCUGUUUCAGUCUCUUCUUGUUUCUCAUACUCGUGUCAGAGGGCAUUUCAGGCUCUGAGAUGAGUAUUGUCUCCUCAGGUCAUCUUUGAGGUUCUGACUUUCUGCUUUGGUUUCCAUCCCUUUCAUGUCUGCACCCACAGCACAUGUAAACCCAUUCAGUCAUGUGUACAUCCUCAUAGUACGAUACGAAGGCCCAGACUGACAGGCUCCAGAAGGAGGUCGACAUGUUGAAGGAACAGCUGCAACUCACCAGGUCUCAGCUGGAGUCUUCCCAGCACGCCCAUGCAGUCCGGUUCUCUAAGGAAUAUGAAAUGCAGAAGACGAAAGAAGAUGACUUCCUGAAGUUGUUUGAGAGAUGGAAAGAGGAGGAGAAGGAGAAGUUGCUUGAUGAAAUGGAAAAGGUCAAGGAGAUGUUCAUGAAGGAAUUUAAAGAACUAACUUCAAAAAAUUCGGCAUUAGAAUACCAAUUGUUAGAAAUACAGAAGUCCAAUAUGAAGUUCAAGUCCAACAUCGGCUCCUUAAGAGACGCUCAUGAGUGUAAAGAAGAUCACCUCCCGAGUCCCCAAGAUCUCCAGAACAUGUUUCAUCUCCUGGACGGCCAGGAGAGCAAGUGGACAGAUCGAUUUCAAGUUCUCAGUGAGGAUCACAGCAAGGAGAAGGGACAGCUCCUGUCACACAUGGAGAAGCUCCGGAGCUCGAUGAUGGAUGAUCUCAGUGCAGAUAACGUUUUCUACAAGAGGCGGGUGGAAGAGUUAGGUCAGAAGCUCAAGGAGCAGAAUGAGCUGAUCCUCAGUCAGAAGCAGCAGAUUAGAGAAUUUGCCAGUAAACCAUACAGCAGUGUUGGUGAGCUGAAAGGGAAUCUUCCUCUAACCCGGCAAGCCCUGGACUCCAAGCCAGCUGGCCCUGCUGCAGCCAGGAAUGCCUCCGCCACACAGACUCUGGAUGGUGCACCCAGCCUGACCAUGGUACAUGAGCAGGCGUUCCCAUCGCAUGUACUGGAACCGAUAGAAGAGCUUUCGUCAGAGGAGGAAAAAGGACGAGAAAAUGACCAGAAAUCAAGUAAGAAGACGCAUCUACGUAAAACUUGGAAGAGCAACCUCUCCUCAAAGGGGCUGAGGACAAACUUGGAGAAGAAGCUGGGGGAGAGGCUGAGGAUCCUGGGGAUUAACACAGAUAUACAUGGCAUUCCCUGCGAGAUCUUGACCAGAUCACUGAAAGCCAUGCAGGGAGCCAGACAUGAUCUAGCAAAGCAAAUGCCCGACAUUCAGCAAAUUCGAGAAUCCCUCGAGCAUCAGCUGACCUGUAAAAUCGAGGAGAAGGUGUUACUAUCUUCAGAUAGGUACAAUGUACCUCUCAUGACCACUUUGCCAGCUGAAGAAGUACCCAAAGCCUCCCAGCUUCCCCCGCAAGGCAGACCAUUGAUCAGACAGAGGACUGUGUUUACCGAUAAGGUGGCUGUCCCAAAAUUUAAGAAAAGUACCAAAGAAAAUCAUUUUCUCAGAAAGUUUUCAUCUACCAAGACGCCGCCCUUCAGCUCGGAGGAGGAGCUGGAUGAAGAGGACUUCAUCCCUGCAUACAUAUCCCCAGACUUAUUUACGGUCCAGCCGUCUAAGAGUAAUCUGAGCAACUUCCGGAAGAAUUCUGUCAAAAGUGACACGGAUUGGACGGAGGGAAGCGAGAUGGAGGACUCGGAUGUUUCCCCGAAGCCCACAGGAACCUCUGUUAAGAUACAAACUGAAAAUGUUGAGAGCAUGGUUUUACACCAAGGAAGUGGGAAUAAACCAGUUACUGGAAUGAAUAUUGCUGAGACACAUAUCAAAAAGGAAGACUUGCAAGAAUUAAAGUGCACAGAUGGAGAUGAUGAUGGCUGGGACAUAUCAUCCUUAGAGGAAGAGAAAUCCUGGGAGAAAAAGCUAGAACAGAGGGAACCCCCACCUGUGAAGAGAGAUCUAAAUUCCAGUCAAGUGCCAAGGGCCUGGGGCCCAGUGAACCCUCGGGAAUUCAAGGAAGAAGGACUUCAAGACAACGAAUCGAGCACCCUGAAAAGCAGCCUAGUGACUGUGACUGACUGGAGUGAUGCGAAGGGGAGGAUGGGAGGAGCUCGGGAUGUCAUGGACGUGUAGGUACAGCUCCAGUCAGAGAACCGCUCCGCAGCCAGCGCUGGCCGACAGCCAAUAGGAUUCCAGCGCUCCUCAGCAUUCCCACCGUACAAGGAAACUCAUUCAGAGCAAGGGCGUCUUUGACGACACGUACCGCAGAAUUGAAAACUGUCGGCUGUGUAGAAGCAAGAUGUCCUUUAAAUCAUAAAAUGUGUUUUCCAGUACGGUACUCUAGUGUUAAAUGUAUUUUUUUUCAAAUAACUUUUAAGUCUUUUUUUUUUUUGACUGAUAGUAGGCUUUGGUUUGAGUUAUUGUAGCUUUUUAAAAUAUGUUCUGUCACGUCAGUAGCUUUUAUGUUACAAAAUUCUGUUAAGUCUCUUCAAAAUUGAAUUAGUGAUACCAGUGACACCCUACGUGUUAAACUGGUUGUUUUCCGUACACAUUAUGUCUAGAAUGGUAACAAUUAGCUAGGCCCAUGCUAAAUACAUUUCCCUGAAGUACCUUUGAUCCCACGGAGCUCUGAGGCCCUCUUAGCAUGUUGCUAUUGACCAAUUAUUUUCUGCAGUGUAAUAUUUAUCUCGGAUAUUUUAUGAAUAGCGUGCAACUGUUCUAAAUGCCAACUGAUUUUCAUGAGAUGAUCAUUAGAAAGAGAUGAGCCAUUCCUGAGUCACACAUGUGUGUAUUUUCUGUGUUCUUCAGUACCCAGCCAUUAUAAAAUACCUCAGAACUAAUUUAUAUUCUUGAUCAGUGAUCUCGGCAAUGAUCGGAAAAUUUAUAUGUAAACUGUUUGCUUGCCUUUUUUUUCUUUUUUAAUUUUUUUCUUUUUUAAAAAAAUAGUUUUUAUACUUUGUGGUACCAUUAGGACACUGUCUCAGAAAAAAAAAAAAGAAAGGUAACAUUUUAAUAGCUUGUUGAUUUGGGGUCUUCUGUCAUCCAUCAGCAGUGCCAGUAAAGUCCUCCAUGACAA